UCAUGGCUGUGAGUCUGGAAUCAUGGGGUUAAAGGCUCCUGUACCCAUUUGGCCAAGCUGCGUCAGGUGAUGGGUGACUCAUCUGAAGCUUAAAUACCAGAGUCUCCCAGGAUUCUCUCUCUUCUUCGUUGACCCUGACUGUGAGCAGACUGCUGGUGUGAGCUGCGGAAGGCCUGGCCACAUGGCAUAGAACUUUGUGUACUUUCACCAUUCCUUGUUAACAAAUAUUGAAUUGGGACGGAUAAGGGCUGACCUUAGUGUUUUCGUGUAUUUUGUUUCAGGGUUAUAUCUCUUUAGGCAGGUUUUAGAGUCUCCGGUUUGACGGUCCAUCACGUGGCUGGCUGGAGCAUUGUUAAAUUGUUUGUCAGUCCAUCCAUAUCCCUGACUGGGUUGUUUGAAUCAGGUUUGGGUUUUGUGUUCCAUUGAAUAAUUAAAACUAUUUUUGAACUUGAACCUGGUUUUUGAAUUAUGUUACGCGGCUCUGAAGUACCUGCAUUCGGGAGUCGUAACAAAAUGGGGGCUCGUCCUAAGCUUUGAGGACCCUAGACGUUUUUGGGGGUUUUUUGGUAGGCUUCUGGUGACUGAGGAAGUCUGUGUGUGUGUGUGAGGGAAUUUUUUCUUCCCUGCUUUGAGGCAGUCUGUGUUGUGAGGGAAAUUUUUCUUCCCUGUUUGUGGUAGCAUUGGUGCCCAGGGUUUAGCUGGUGGUUAGGUGCUACAUUAGAGAUGGAAUUUAAGGUGAAAGAGUUUGUUGAGGCUCCUAGUCAGGAGAUGUUUGAUAGGUGUACUAAGGAGAAUUUGAUUUUUCUGGCAGAGAACUAUGACGUGCCUAUUGACAAGCAUUCAAAGAAACAGUCCAUUAAAUCGAUGUUGUGGGCUGCAUUGGUGGAGGGUGGGGUUUUGCCUGACUGUGCAGACAGUCCCCCACCUUCUGUUCAGCCUGGUCAGGACAUGGAGGCAGUCAUUAGGCUGAAGGAGAUGGAGCUUGAGUCACAGAGAAUGGCCUUAAAAAAGGAUGAGCUCAUGCAUGUUCUUGAAAUGAAAUGGCUUGAGCUUGAGGAGGAAACCGAAAGGGCUGAAUUUCAGCUGCGGGAGAAAGAAUGAGAUACUUCCCGGUUCUCUUCUAAAGAGCAUGAGUUUGAUGUGAGCAGAAAUAUUCAUUUGGUUCCACCGUUCAGUGAAAACGAUAUUGAUAAAUAUUUCACUGUGUUUGAGCGUGUGGCUAUAUCACUGAAAUGGCCUAAGAGCGUGUGGACAUUGCUGUUGCAAUGCGUCCUUGUUGGUAAAGCGCGUGAGGUAUAUUUGUCAUUGUCUGUAGAUGAUAGCCUUGACUAUGAAAUUGUAAAAUCUGCCAUCCUCAGAGCGUAUGAGUUGGUUCCCGAAGCGUACCGCAAAAAAUUCCGGCAUGUCAAAAAAUAUGAUAACCAAACAUAUGUUGAAUUUGCUCGCGAAAAGGAGGCUCUGUUUGAACACUGGUGUGCUUCUCAGGGGAUCAAAGAUUUUGUCCAGUUAAAGUCCUUGAUGAUAAUGGAGGAUUUUAAAAAACUGUCUUCCUGACAGAGUGACAACAUAUCUUAAUUAGCAGAAAGUCUCAGACGUGUCUAAGGCCGCUGUAUUGGCGGAUGAGUAUGUGCUCACUCAUAAGGCUGUUUUUGGGGAACGGUCCUCUGGUUUCAGUGGGAGACCUGUUGAUCGUGGUGGUAUUGCUGGUAACGGUAUUAAAAGUGUUUCUGUACCUGUGGAUGGCAGCACUUCGAAGCAGUGAGAGGUCAAGGCUGAUAAAGAUGACAGGGAUUUGAGGGCUACGGACGGUCCUAUGUGCUUCUAUUGUAAGGAGAGAAGACACAUUUUAAGAUCGUGUCCCGCUCUUAAAAAUAAAAAUGCGAAGCCGGUGGCUUUGGUCAGUACGCAGAAGGCACUUGCGAUUCCUGUGGUGCCUGAGACUGAUGGUUGUAGGAAUUAUUCUGCGUUCGUCAUGCAUGGUUUUGUGUCUCUGGAGGAUGGGGGUAGUAAAGUUCCGGUGUCCAUCUUGCGUGAUACUGGUGCUUCUCAGUCCUUCAUUUUGGAUAAUGUACUACCGUUUUGUGAGAAAUCAUCUGUUGGUUCUAGUAUCCCAGUUGUAGGAUUUGGUAUGGAUGGCAUGGUAGUGCCAUUGCAUGCUGUUGACCUCGAGUCUGAGCUUGUUUCAGGUCGAGUAACUGUAGGGAUACGGCCAUGUUUUCCCAUUGAGGGAGUGUCGUUGAUUCUGGGUAACGAACUGGCAAUGGGUAAUCUUGCUUCUGCUCAGUCUAGGAUGAAGGACUGGUUCGACAGGAAGGCUUCUAGUAGGAAUUUUUCUCCAGGUGACAAGGUCCUGGUGUUGUUGCCUAUUCCUGGUUCCAGUCUGCAGGCUUGGUAUAGCGGUCCCUAUCAGGUGGUUAAGAAGGUUGGUGAGAGGGAUUACGUUAUUGGUACCCCUGAUCGGAGGCGCAAGACUCGGCUCUGUCAUGUCAACAUGAUGAAGCAGUACCAUGAGCAGGAGCCUGUGGAGGUUGAUGGGGAGGAGCUGUGUCCUUCGGUUUCGUCUAAGCCUGUUUUGGCUGCAGUGGUGCUGCCCCCUGACACGGGCGUUGAUGUGGGUGAGGCACGGUUGUCUGUGGCAGUGACGCAGGGAAAGCUGUGUAACUCUGAGGCUUUGGAGUCGCUUCCCUUGCGGUUGUCUCAUUUGAUUGAAUGUCAGCGGGGUGAUCUGCUUGCUUAGGUGGAGUCAAAUGGGUCACUGUUCCCAGAUGUUCCUUCUCAGACGUCUGUGCUGCAGCAUGACAUUGACGUGGCCGGUGCUGCGCCAAUUAAACCGCAUCCGUAUCGGGUCAACCCUGACAGGCGUCAUCGUCUAAGGAGUCAGGUUGACUAUAUGCUGCGGCAUGGCAUUGCUGAACCUAGUUGUAGUCCGUGGAAUUCUCCGUGUCUACUGGCUACGAAGGCUAACGGGGAGGACAGGUUUUGCAUGGACCUUCGGAAAGUGAAUGGUGUAACUAAGCCGGAUUGCUAUCCUCUCCCACGGAUGGAGGAUUGCGUGGAUCGUGUGGGAAGUGCAUCUUUUGUGUCUAAGUUGGACUUGUUAAAAGGAUAUUAGCAAGUUCCUUUGACUAGGCGGGCGAGGGAGAUCUCUGCGUUCGUUACGCCUGAUGACUUUCUUCAGUACACGGUAAUGGCAUUUGGGAUGCGCAAUGCGCCGGCAACCUUCCAACGGUUGGUGAACAUUGUAUUGUCUGGUUUGUCCUUCUGUGAGGCAUACCUUGAUGAUUUGGUUGUGUGCUCCAGGUCGUGGAUCGAACACAUCGGUCAUCUGAAGGAGGUAUUUCAUCGUCUAGCGGAGGCAAACCUAACGAUCAAUCUAGGGAAGUUUGGCCAGGCCACGGUAACGUAUCUGGGUAAGGUGGUGGGCCGGGUCAGGUUCGCACUCUCAAGGAGUGCAGGCCUCGUGGCUGUGAGUCUGGAAUCACGGGGUUAAAGGCUCCUGUACCCGAUUGGCCAAGCCAAGUGUCAGGUGACGGGUGACUCAUCUGAAGCUUAAAUACCAGAGUCUCCCUGGAUUCUCCCACCCUUUUCGUCGACCCUGACUUGUGAACAAACUGCUGGUGUGAGCUGCGGAAGGCCUGGCCACAUGGCAUAGAACUUUGUGUACUUUCACCAUUACUUGUUAACAAAUAUUGAAUUGGGACGGAUAAGGGCUGACCUUAGUGUUUUCGUGUAUUUUGUUUCAGGGAUAUAUCUCCUUAGGCAGGUUUUAGAGUCUCUGGUUCAACGGUUCAUCACGUGGCUGGCUGGAGCACUGUUAAAUUGUUUGUCAGUCCAUCCAUAUCCUGACUGGGUUGUUUGAAUCAGGUUUGGGUUUUGUGUUCCAUUAAAUAAUUAAAACUAUUUUUGAACUUGAACCUGGUUUUUGAAUUAUGUUACGCGGCUCUGAAGUACCUGCAUUCGGGAGUCGUAACAGCUUCGCAGUGCUGGAUUCACCACGGAGCGGGCGAUGCCUACCUGGAUCGCUGUUUGUAGCUCUGGAGCAUUGGGCCGCUGCUCCAACAUCGCUGAGCUGUGGUUUGGAGAGCUUCCAGUGCAGCCAGCACUGAACAACAUCAUGGAGUCCAGGGUACACUUUGCCGAGGGCCGCCAGCGUUGCAUCUCCGCCCAGCGCGGCCUGCGGACUUCGGGAGCCGCGGACUCCGGUAGGAGGUGCCCGACUCGGAUGUCCAAGCCACUGAGGAGGUCCUCCAGUCCCGACAUUGGACUUCCAUCACCCCGACUAGUGGGCCUGAACGACGGGCCGCCCGGAGCGGGGGUUUCGGGAGCCCCCCGACCACAGGAGGACAACAGAGGAGGACGACCAAAAUUUUGGUGCCUUCCCUCACAGUGGGAAUUUGAUCCCGUUGUGUGGGGAUGUGUUAAAAAAUAACUAUUGUGUCCAGUGCUCUUUAUUAUUUAUUUGUAUGGCGACUACACAUUUCACUGUACCAUUUGGUACAUGUGACAAAUAAAUGUAUCUUGUAUCUUGAAACUUGUAUCUAUUUUACUCGCAGAAAAAAAUUUCAAUAUGCUGAAACUUUUCCGCGACCUAGCUGAGGCCACGAGUAGGUGGGAACCUCCCUCGAGCAUGAAGGAGAGUUCCAGCCACCUCA